AAUGUGAUUGUAAAUGAGCAGAUCCAAAAUGAAAUUGAAGUAAAGAAAGAGGUAGAAGAGUUUGAUGUGAACGAAGAUAGAGAUGAGAAAGACAAGUUACAAGCUGUGAAGUGUGAGAGCACUGAAUCUAAGGUAGCUCAGGAGGGUACACUGAAUGAGAAAGAUAACCAUAAAGAAGUUCAUGAUGAGAAAGGAAAUGACUUACUUGAAGAAAAGGAAACCAUAAAGAAAGAACAAGAGAAAAGUGGUUCUGGGUCUUCAGAUGUCAAAGAGGAAAAGGUAGAUUAUGUCAAGUUGAAGGAGAAAAUCAAGGGGGAGAACGAACGGAUACUUGACGAAGAGCACUUCAAGUUAAGUCAUCGCAUCGGUGCAGCUGUUGGACACGAUGGCAUGUCUCCACAGCCAGCCAAUUAUUCCAUUUAUGCUGAAGACUCUCCAUACAUGGAUUUGGAUGGCCUGGAGCCUGGAGAAAUCAUCCCGGGUAGACCCUUUUUGGGACCUGCUAUUGAGUGGCCGAAGGAUCGUGUUAUCUUUCAUCGGCUGGAGCACGUUUGCUACACUGUUGAGCAUGGAGAAUGGCCUUUCUCUCGUCGCCCUCCACCGUACAUUCCUCCAACCCCGUUUGACUCGCGUUCUGGUACACCCGUGGGCACCUCUACUCCACGACCUGAUAGCUCGCUGGCCGACUCAGAAGCAGGAGACUCCAUGGAAGUGAACCAGAACGAGGGACUGAAGAUGACUUUUCACAAGCGAGGCAGAGGAAGAGGGCGAAGAUAUGAAAUAGAUGCUGAAAAAAUGGCUCGUGUACAGCAGCUAUUAAAUCAGAGCUCACAGGGGACACCAUCCAGUGACAAUGACAGUCAGUCAGAAGCCAUAAACUUGUCUUCUGUGCAGACAACCCAGCAGUCUAGUCUAGCGGCUUCAUCUGCUUCUUCCUCAUUGAUGACUGAGUCUCCACUUAAUGAUGGUCAUCUGAAAGAGGGAGAGAAGACAGCGAAGCAGAAGGUGAUGGAUCCAGGCUUUAUGUUACCUGAACGACGCAGGCGAGGUCGAAAACGUAAGGCUGAAAAACUUGCUGAAUUAGCCAUGGCUGAGGCUUUGGCAAAGAGAGAACAGGCACGCAUCCUUGCUUGCCUAGAUCCAGACAGCCGUGUUCCUGUCAUUAAUGUGGAAGAUGGCAGCAUCUUGUCAGGCGAUGAAGCACCACGUAAACGAGAUUUAGAGCGUUGGCUGCGAGAGCACCCUGGGUUCAUGAUAAGCCCACAGCCAACAUCAUUUAUGCCAUUUCCUAUGCCAGGCCAUGUUCCUGAUGAGCCACCUUCUCAACCACCAGAGAUGCCAGCAGAACAGUUAGUGCGACGCCGUGGGAGGCGCCCGAAGUUAGACCCUCGUACCUUGGAUGCACAACGCCUGACGGGGGAGGAAAAUGUCUCUGUGAUUGAGAGGGGUUCUGGCCGAAAGAUCACAGGAGCAAAAGCCCCACCUCUAAAGCACUUGAAAGAAUGGUUGGAACAGAACCCAACAUAUGAUGUGGAUCCAAAGUGGGGAGAACUUAUUCGUGCCAAAGGAUCAUUGCCACACAGUAUGAAUGCAAGAUUGCUUAAGCCCUCAGGACGUGGCCGCAAACCUCGCAGUGCUUCUGCAGUCCACUCAUCCAUGCUGGGGUCUGAAUACCAGUUCGGUGCUGGAAUGGCAGGCCUACCCGGAGCAUUUGCAGGGUCAGGACUAAUGGCAGCCGGAUUUCCCAAGUUGCCCCUGGGCAUGCCUUUUGCCAACAUGUCAGGUUUAGGAAUGACCAAUCCCAUUCUGGGCCUGCCCGGCUUUCCACUCUCUGGUUACCCCUUGCCAGGAGGUCUUGGGAAGAAGGAGAGUGAAGGUGAGAGUGGUGCAACAGACAACAGCAAAGACAAGGCCAGCAGCAGCAAGACUGGCUCAGAGGCUGGUGUCAGUCCCUCCACAUCAUCAGCACAUCAGUCAUUUCCUCUAUAUGUCAACCCUUUUCUCUACAGCCCCCUCUACAGUUUCCCUGUGGCUGGCUUUACAGGUCUGACGCCUCUCUCAACUCUCAAUGGCCAGUCAGAUGCUGCACUGGCAUCUUCAGAAGAAAAGAAAAUGGUGUCAAGGAAGGAGAAGUUCUCUGACAAGAUUCGGGACAUGCCGUGUAAGUCGGGAGAGAAGAGUCGUGAUCUCUCUCGUGUGAUUGAUAAAAUGCGGGGCUUAUCACAAGUGAGUGAAAAGGCUCACAGUGCAUCUAGAUCUUUAGAGAAAGAGGCCUCUAAGCAUGAUGUGAGUGCACAGGACCUGUCUGUGAGGAGCUGUAAAGACACGCCCAGUCCUGCCCAUGGUGAAUCGCUGAUCAGAAACUCACACAAAGCUGCAAGCAGCAGUGUCUUGGCAGCUGAGGAACAGGCAACAGACCUGUCCCUCAAACGUCAACCAGCUUCCUCUUCAUCCUCUACACCAGUGAUCAGCAACAAGUCAAAAAAUAAAAUCUUAAGCUCUCUCAAGUUGAAUAAGAUUGUUGACAGCCUUAAAGACAAAGUGCUCAAAAUUGAGGGCAAGGUGAAGAAGAAAGAGGAAGAGGAGCCUGCUGUGCAAGAUGCAAUUACAGAAUCUCUGCACGAACCAGAUGUUGCCCAGGCCUUGCCAGAACAGCCCCCUUCUGACAGUUUAGAUGAAAUGCCAGGAGAAAUGACACACAAGGCACAAGAAACUGAUGGGACAGUUGAGGCUGCAGCAUUUGAAAGGACACACAAAGUAGAUGAUGGGCCUGCAGUAGAUGAACCUUCCGCUUUAGAGUCAAGCCCUGUUCAGGAUGUUUGACACUUGAGAGAUCAGGAGUGGACAGGUGAAGGACCAGGAUAGCAGCCAUGACAUACAGUUGAACAGAGAUGUUUUUAGUUGGGCCCUGAUUAAUAACCAUCUUUAGAAGGAAGCAGCCUGCCUGAGGCCUUGUUUUAUGGUAGACACACCUAACUGUCAUUACUAUAGUGACAGAGACCUUGUGACCUCCACCAAAACCACUCGAUCAUUCCAGACAAGCAACUGCCCUUGCAAGCAAGCCCACAGCCUGCACCAGCAGCCCUUGUCCAGCAGCACACUGAUCACACUUCGUUCUGUUUGGAGUUCAUGAAAUGUCACGAGCAGGCUACUACAGUGGGCACACAGUAUGUGGUCAUGAGUAAAGCAGGCUACAGUAGCAGUGGGUGAAGGAUGUUCUCCUGUGGCUUUCCAUCUUCUAGGACUGUAAGAUGGCCACAUCUUUGCGUGCUGAGCUUUCUGUUAUGUUGUGACUUGUUUGUUUGGGAAGGGGGUCUGUGCAUAUGUUUGCUGGAAUGGGAUAUUUUGACAAUGUGAAUAGUGUUUAAUAAAUUUAAAAUGCAUUCCAGGCAAACUUUCCACUCCCGCCUUUUUUUUUUUUUUUUUUUCCAAUGUGGAGCCAUGGAGCCAGGCAUUUGCAAAUGGUUUGAUGGUACAGUAUUUGCUUGUGAUCAGUGAGUUUUCAAAGUUGUGAGAAGCUUUCUUAAAACCCACAUAUCCAGCCUUUGUUCCAGACACAAGGUUUGGGGGUUUGGCUCAGGAUCUGCAAUGAUCAGUUUAUUCAUUUUGCCUGCACGUCUUCCCUCAGAUGUCAGCAAUGUGUCCUGUAGACCAAUUCCUGCUGCUGUUUGCUUGUGGUUAUAAUAUGCAGACAUCUAGAGGAGCCACGUAUACCUCACUACCUACUGCUGGCAGUCGCUGCAUUCCCUGCUCCAGACAACUAUGCACUGCAUACAGGGGCCAGUCAAGAUCCCUUGGGGUACAUGCAGGCAUAGCGUGGCAGAAUGUUCUGGAAAGACAGUAGUGAGCAGGACCAGGUAGCAGCCUCAGGCAUGGGAAAGAUGAGGUCAAUGGUCUGGUGCAGCAAAUCUUGCAUGAUGUGCUCCAGGAAAACCUUGUGACAACUGAUGCUUCAUGCCUUGUCACCCUCUGGAAUACAUUCUGUGUAUCAUCAUGACAGUUUUAACGUAUAUUCUGAGAAAGCAACCUUCCAACAUUGGCAAAUCUAAGACACUAAAAUGAAUGUGUGUAUGUAUGAUCCUUUUGCAGCAUACUUUUCAAUGCAAGAGAGAAAUUGAGAUAAUUUCCACAGCCUUUCAUUCUAGUUGAAUACAUUUUCCACACAGAACCCAUCAGGGUAUCAUACAAUUCCCUUUCCCAUCACUUUUUUUUCUUCAGGUUUUUACCCCAUUUGUUAAGUUAACCGUUGAAAUGUUUUAAUGGAACAAGGAAAUCGAUGAUAAUUGUGACCAUGGGUUUUCUGUCACCAUUUGUGUGAUUACUCAAUGCUUGCAUUGUCAAAUAAUGUGCUGAAUAAAAAGCCAGGUUUGGACAGUAUAUUGCAGUUACUGCAAGGGGUCUUGUGUUGCUUAUCUUCACCCUUGCAAUGUUUUGGACUGUACAAAAGAAAUGUAAAUCUCAGGGGCAUUAUUAUUAAUAUACUAUGUUGAUAAUGUCAAUAUAUUUUGAUCAGAUUACCAGACUGCAGUUGCUGCGUGUGCUAGUGUUGGAGAAUUAUUUUGCUACCACAGCGGAUGACAUUUUGUCAUGCCUCCAGCUCUUGCAUGGAGAGUGUUGUCAGUCCAGUACCUCAUUUCCUGGUCUUCAUUUUGUAUCACCAUUGUGGAUGUACACUGUCUUUUCUUUUUUUUCUUCGCAAUCAGUCUUGCAGAUGUGAGUAUCUUACUGUCCCAGUCCUGACUCUCCACAUCCUGUGUGAAUUGUAAUUGUAUAAGAUUGCUACACCAGAGUCAGACCACCCAAAUGUUGGGUUUUGUCACUUUGUUGGUGUGUGCACAUAACACAAUCAUGAGUAUUGUUUGAAAGCUAUUGUACAGAACAAGUUGGAUUUUCAGGUUUUUCUUUUAUUUGUAGCCACUACUCGUCUUACUCCUCUGGGUCACCUGCCUAGAGAUUUCACUGGUUUGUAUGAAUGAGCAUUGCAUUGUGUGUGGUUUGACUUUGAUGUGCUUGUUGAAGUUCUGCUAUGUGUAAAAUGCUUUGGGUUUUUCCCCUCCAUAAUUGCCACAUAAUAUGUGUUUGUUAAAUCUGUAAUGGUUGUGCUUAGAUUGUAAAUGUUAUGAGUACUUAAAAGCGCACAUAAAAGAAAGCCAGUAGAUGUUUAGUUUUUCACUCAUUUGAUGAUAGCUGGACAUUUUGGAAAUUUUGCUUUUUCUUCUUUUGAAAAAUAGGGUUGGGUGUUGCUGUAGCACCUGUUUUUCAUGUCAACUUUUUUUUGGGGGGGUGUGUGUGUGCGCAUUGCUUAUAGACUUGAAUAAAUUGGGUGGGUUUCUUUGGGAGGAGCCACUGAUGCAUUAGACUUGUUAGACAUUACAAUUCAUGCUGGUGGAUUAGGUGUGAAUGAUGACCAGCAUCUGUGAUUUAUGACAAGUCAUGAGCAGGUCUCAGUAAUUUAUUUUACCCUUGUCCAUAGCUACCUCCAAUACAAUCCAGCUAAUGCAACCUUGCAGUCCAACUCAGUGAUUGAAGCAUUUUAUUCUUGGAAACCAUGGAGUCAUAAUGUUAAUAAAAAGCCAUCUUUCAUCCAGUAACAUAUAUUUUCACCCAUGUAUCCUUGGUUUCAAAAUACUUGUCUUCAGUAUGAUACAGAUGACCAUCAAAUGUUUAGAGUCUUUCCAAGUUAUAGCAAUAAAUCAUAUAUUCCACGCAGAUUGUAUCUGCCAUUGUAUAUUCUCAUAAAUUCUGAGCUGUUCUUACAUAGCUAUUCAAUCAGAUUUGCUUUCACACCAAUAUGGUCUUGAAUGGCAGUAACUAUCGACUACACUGUCAUUGUUAUAUUGCUUGAUGUGCCUGUUGGUGUAUUUUGAGGGUUUUCCUCCCGCUUCUUUAAUUACAAGAAAAUCAUGUGUAAUAAGGUUUUAAGUAGUCUGUAUAAUUUACAAAAGCAAAACAAAAAACUAUCAUGAGCCAAUGGUUUUUAAUUUUUAAAAUUCUGGUCAGCAGUCAAAGGGAAGUCAGUGUUGGGUUUACCAAGUUUAUUCCAUUUCAAUGUCACAUUUGUUUGGUUUUUUUUUUUUUUGUUUGUUUUUUGGCUCCAGUCAGGCACAGUCUACAGGACAGAACUUGAACCAUGUGAUGUCAUGUCCAGUGUCUCGAGUAAUUUUAAUUAUACUAAUUCAUUUCUCUAAUUUAUUUGUGCAGUAUCUAGCUCUCCCUUCCUAACUCCUACUACACCCCCCCCCCCCAAUGCUGUUACGACAAUUCCAAGUGUGGCACUCAGGGCUGUAGAAGAUGUAAUAAAUGUCAUAUACCAAUGUGCUAGAUGGGAUUAUCAGUAUUGUCACCUGGUUGUCUGAAUUACAAGUGCUUCUGUGACCUUGAGCGGGAGUGUGCGCAAGCUGGCUGGGUGUUACAGUGAAGUUUCUGACAUGAGCAAACGUAUUCAGUGAAUGAGUGGUUUAAAUUAUUUCAUGGCAGGAUAGUAAGACCAAACUAAGUUUUUGAAUUUCAACCAUUUUUUUUUUUCCUCAGUUAAGAUUUCAUUUUGCUGUAUCUGGCCUGUUGGGCAAAAGCAUGUGUGUCAUUUGUGGCUAUAUUUAUUGAGGGAAAACAUUUGUAUGUCUGGUUUAUUUUUAAAUAAAAAUGUGGCAUAGGUGUCAAACUUA